AUUUCUAACCUAUAUCUCAUCUUUGAAUAGCAAAUUGGUUGGUUGAGCAUUAACGAAGACUUUCUGCGUUGACAGGAAAAUUCAUAUUUGCUUCUGCACAGAUUAAACUUCAGAUUUCGAUUCUUUCUUCGUGAGGAAAUUUCUUUAUUCUUUGUAUACUUCGUUAAAAAUGGCUGAAUUAGGAGGAGCUGUGCUUGGGGCAGUAGUAUCAGAAUUGCUGAAAGCAGUUCUUCGGGAGAAAGAUAACGCGAUGAGUUUCAGACCCUACUUGGAACGGCUCAAUUCCACACUAGAAAAAGUGAUACCCAAAGUUGAAGAAAUUCAACGAAUAAAUCAAGAUGAUAAACCUGAAGUGAAGAAAUUGAGGAUGAUACUAAGCGAAGGAAUAAAUUUAGUAGACAAGUGUUCAACAGUUCAGUCCUGGAAUUAUUACUUGAAAAAUAAGUAUUCAAGGCUUUUACAUGAGUUGGAUAAUAACUUGAUCAGGUUCUUUCAGUUGGAUGUGCAGACAGCUAUUUGGUGUGAUGUUGGACAGAUCUUGGAUAAAAUGAAUGAUAUGAAUCAGAAAAUAGAUCAGUUAACAGCAGAAAGAGGAUGCAGUAGUAGUUACAAUACAGGAGUUGAAAUUAGCACAUCUAUGGGCGGGGUUGGAAAGCCAAAUCUAUCACAAGGGUUAGAUUUGAAGGAUUCGCGCAAGUUUCGUCGUUCCAAAAAGAUUAGGAACACAAAUAUGUCGAGCGCAGCUCCGUACGAUGAUUUGAUUGUACCGAAGUUUAGAGAUGAUGACAGUGUUGAAACUUCUACUGAAUAUGCGGGUGGGAUUGGAAGGUCAAGUUUACCACAAGAAUUAAAUUUGAAGGCAUUGAACAAGGUUGGGGUCAUUCAAUUAGAGCACAGGACUCUAUAUGAGUCUGUUCAGUUGGUGUCAGUAAGGUUUUUACAGGUUUUUCAACCAAGGGGGGUAGUUGAUGACGGUUUCAAUCGAGUAAAGAAGGAACAUCAGCGACACAUGGAACUGGUUGAGAGGGUUAGUCACGAAAAUGUGGCUCCGCUUAGGGCAUAUUACUGUUCUUUUGGUGCUCUUAAGCAGCGGUAUCUUACUUUGGUGUAUGAUUAUAACGAAAAGGAUAGUGUUUUCGAAAUGCUGCACGGAAAAAAACAGGUUCCUUUUCCCUGGGAUGCUCGGCUAAGGGUAGCAAUUGGCGUAGCAAGAGGCAUUGCUAUCAUACAUACACAAGAUUGUGGAAACUUCUACCACGGGGAUCUAAUAUCCCAACAUAUUUCCAUGAAUGCCAAAGGCUAUGGUUGCAUUUCAGACCUCGGCAGGUGCACUAGUGGAUAUGCAUACGCUGCAAAAUGUUGUCAGCAAUCAGAUAUAUACCACUAUGGGGUUCUUCUCCUUGAACUCGUAACUGGGAACAUCCCUGGUUUUUUCUUUCAGAACUCUGAAGUUCAUUCGAAUUUGGUUAACGAGUUUAAUAAAUACUUUACUAGUAGUACAGAUCAAUUGGUUAGAAAGGUGCGGUACUUUGCUCGUCGUAAGCAAUGGAAGUCGGAAGAAACAUUUAAUUUUCAAGUAUUGGAUUGUGAAUUAUUGAAGCAUUAUGAAAAAUUUGGAGGACAAAUGAUACAGAUGUUACGGAUAGCAUUGGAUUGUGUUUCAGAUAUGGUGCCGAAAACGGAUCAUGUGCUGAAAAUGGUGGAGGACAUUCGACUAUUCUGAUUAAGACAUGGAACUAUUACUCAGAUCUUUGCAUCUACUUUUGGUCGAUCAGCCAAUCUUUUGCGAAAAAUUGGAAAACAAGAUCAGAGGUAAAAAUUAAAAUGCAUGGAAACAAUUCCUUUGUCUUCAAGGAAUUUAGGGUGCUUUUUGUUUGGUCAAUAAACUGCUUGUUGUGAGGCCUUGGAGCCCUAUGAUUGAACAUACCGCAAUUGCUAGUUUUAUUGGAAAGCCCUUGAUGAUUGAUGAAUGUACUCUAACCAAAACUAUGACUUACUAAUGCUUGAGUGCUUGUAGAAAUUAGCAUUGAUUUGUUCUGUA